AUGCCUCCUCCGACCUCCGCCGCCACCCUCCAAUGGCUAAGCCUGGUGGCAAUAAUCUGGCUCCAAUCCGUCAACGGCACCAACACCACUUUCCCCGCCUACUCCUCCCAACUCAAAAACCUCCUCUCCCUCUCCCAACUCCAGCUCAACAACCUCGCUUUCGCCUCCGACGCCGGCAAGCUCUUCGGCUUCAUCUCCGGCGUCGCCGCCCUCCACCUCCCCCUCCCCCUCGUCCUCCUCGCCGGCUCCCUCCUCGGCCUCGCUGGCUACGGCACCCAGUACCUCUUCCUCACCGGCACGUUCAUCACCUCCCUCUCCUACCCACAAAUCUUCCUCCUCACCGUCCUCGCCGGCAACAGCAUCUGCUGGAUCAACACCGUCUGCUACGUCGUCGCCGUCCGCAACUUCCCCGCCGGACACCAGCCCCUCGCCGUCGGCCUCUCCACUGCCUACCAGGGCCUCAGCGCCAAGAUCUACACCGUCUUCGCCGCCGCCGUUUUCCCACGUUCGAAAAACCCCGCCGAGGCCUACUUGCUCCUCAGCUCCCUACUCCCCCUCCUCGUCACGACGUUCACCGCUCCACUCCUCCGGAACGGAGGAGCGGAGUGGGGCCCAGUCGAAAUGGGACGAGGAGGCGUGGUGGCUAUGUUCCUCGUGACCAUAGCCACCGGUAAGAAGAAGGGCAGUACGAGGAUCCACACAAUGAACUACGUGGAGGAGAUCGAGAACGGCGUCGUGGAAGGUGGUGGUGAGACGAAGUUGCCGAUGGAGACGGCGGUUGCUACGAUUAGUGACGAGGGCAAAAGUUGUGGUGACGUCAGUGGUGACGAGAAGGAGGGAUUCGUGGGGGUGGGAGUGAUGGUGAAGAGAGUGGAGUUUUGGGUGUAUUUCGGGGCGUAUCUGUGUGGGCCCACGAUUGGGCUGGUUUUCUUGAACAACUUGGGCCAGAUCGCGGAGUCGCGUGGGGAGGUCCGGACGUCGUCUUUGGUCGCGUUGUCUUCUUCGUUCGGGUUCUUCGGUCGUCUCGUUCCGUCGUUUCUUGACUACUUUCUGGCCAGGAGUAGGUGCAAGAUGAUAUCAAGGCCAGCGUCCAUAGCGGCAUUGAUGGCGCCGAUGGCAGCAGCUUUCUUCCUCCUCGUCAUCAACACCACCGCCUCCUUCAACCACGUCGCCCUCUACGUCAGCACCGCCGUUAUCGGCGUCUGUACGGGCGCCAUUACUUCCAUCUCCGUUUCGACGACGUCCGACCUCUUCGGGACGGCCAACUUCAGCCUCAACCACAACAUCGUCGUGGCAAACAUCCCGCUGGGAUCCUUCGCGUUCGGGUACUUGGCCGCGUUCUUUUACCACCGGGAAGGCGGCGGCGGCGGGAAGUGCAUGGGGAUGUUGUGUUAUAGAGAUACUUUCGUGAUAUGGGGGUCGCUUUGUGGGUUUGGGACGUUGCUUGCUCUCGUGCUUCAUGCUCGGACCAGGAAGUUGUAUUCCCAAACGGUUUUGGCUACUUGAUUCAAGUGUAUACAUACGGUAGCGUAUAGCCGUAUAGAUAUAUAGUAUAGUUGAUGAAGGUUAUACAUAGCUAGGUCACUUGCAUGAUAGUUGAUACAAGACAAAAGUAGAGCUAGGUCUAUAUAUAGUGGCAACCAAAUGACAUAUUAUAUAUAUUGUUAAUUGAUCAAGUUGACCAUUGCAUAUCUUAGUUUUGUUUUCUAUUUCUAAUUUUAUGUAUCGUAUCACUUUAACAAACA